ACGGCAAUUUCAUUAUCGAAUCGAAUCUGAUCUAAAAUUUACAGAUAAUUGUAUUAUCUCAGGCCCACCACUGUCCCCGGGGGAAAAAGGAACGAAAACGCGGAGGAAUUGCGGCGGCAGGAGGCGUAUGUAACAACCCUUCGUACCAGAUCGACGCGAUUAUAUAUAUUCUAAUCCUGUCGGUUUACGUGUAUGUAUCUUUCUCCAGCUGCCAUACACCCUCGGGAGGAAUUGGAUUCUGUUUUGGGUGGAAGAAGAUGAAGUUUGGGGAGACUUUCACGGAGUACAUUCACGAGGAUGAAGGCAACAAGCUCUCCUAUGUCGAAUACAAAAGCCUGAAGAAAGUUCUCAAACGUUGCUCCGCAUGCAACACUCUCAAGGCUUCCAAUGAAUGCUGCUCUUUGUGUGAUCAAACCUUCUUUCCUGAACUGAAGAAGGAGGCUUCUGACAUUGCUGGGUGUUUUAGCUCUAGAGUAAGAAGACUUCUCAGACUUCAUAUGGCUCCAGGGGUGCAACGAUACUUCACAUCGUUGCGUCACUGUUUUGUUGAUGAUCAGCAAGCCAUGGCACAAGAGUGUCAAAUGCUAAUGCAGUAUGCAGUGAUGAAUACUACUGCUAUGCGAAAGAUCCUUAAGAAGUAUGACAAGAUUCAUGGCUCUGUCAAGGGAAGGAAUUUUAAAUCUACGAUAAGUGCUGAGCACUUGGAGAUUCUGCAAUCACCGUGGUUGAUUGAACUAGGAGCUUUCUAUUUGAACUUCAAUGCCUCAAAUGGUAGGAGCUCAAGAGAGCUCUUCAGUUCUUUCUCAUGUGAUUUCGAUGCUUCUGAGUUUACACUCACUUUGGCGCUUCCCGAAAAUAUAAAAUUAGAAUACAGCCUGAAGUGUGCUGUUUGCCUGGAUUUUGUUUUCAACCCCUAUGCUUUAGGCUGUGGCCAUCUAUUCUGCAAAUCAUGUGCAUGCAGGGCAGCUUCUGUGAUGAUAUACGAUGGUCUAAAGGCUGCAAGUAAGGAGUCAAAGUGUCCCAUUUGCAGACAGGUAGGUGUUUACACCAACGUAGUGCACAUGAUGGAAUUAGAUUUGCUUUUGAAGAAGAGAUUUCAAAAGCUGUGGAAAGAAAGGCUGGUGUCUGACCGAGCUGAAGCAUUGAAGCAGUCUAGGCUGUUCUGGGAAUUGCAAACGCGUUACGCGGUUGGGUUCUGAUGUAGUUGCCUGCUUGGAUCUGAAAUCAUCUUUUGCACAAUUUUAAUGAAUCCUCCAGAUCAUUUGUUAACUUCUUGGUUAGAAUGAAGGUUAGGAUAUGGUGGUAAUGGUCAUCUUUCUGGUUUCCAUUUGCCAUUUGAGUGAGAGACACUAGAUGGAAAUGCAGAUAGGAGUAUGCAGUUCAUGUAGUGAUUAUUUGAAAUAAUAUGUAUAUAAUUUUCACUAUUAUUCUUUAAUUUCUAGUCCAUUAUGUUUGCCA